CUGAUGUCCUUACUCGCAGACCCGGACCCAGAUUGGACUCCUGACAACUAUGAAUAUAGCUACGAGUAUUAUGACCAGGAAAAGAACACCACUAGUACGUUUUCCUACCAUGAGAAUCCUGAUUGGUACUACACAGAGGAUGAUCCAUGUCUGUCCAAUCCCUGUGAGCAUGGUGGGGAUUGCCUUAUCAGUGGGGACACUUUCACGUGCAGCUGUCCAUCCCUUUACUCUGGGAACAGGUGUCAGAAAGUGCAAAACAAGUGCAAGAACAGAGUCUGUGGCCGGGGUGAAUGUCUCAUUACUCAGACUCCUCCCUACUACCACUGCCAAUGUAAACACCCUUACACGGGUUCAGACUGCUCCAGAGUGCUUCCUGUGUGCAGGCCAAACCCUUGCCAAAAUGGUGGUACCUGCUCCCGGCAUAGGAGAAGAUCCAAGUUUACCUGUAGCUGCCCUGACCAGUUCAAGGGGAGAUUCUGUGAAAUAGGUUCUGAUGACUGCUACAAGGGUGAUGGCUACUCUUACCGAGGGAAAGUGAGUAAGACCGUCAACCAACACUCAUGCCUUUACUGGAACUCCCAUCUCCUCUUGCAGGAGAACUACAACAUGUUUAUGGAGGAUGCUGAGGCCCAUGGGCUUGGGGAACACAACUUCUGCAGAAAUCCAGAUGGAGAUAAAAAGCCCUGGUGUUUCAUCAAAGUGAACAGUGCAAAGGUGAAAUGGGAGUACUGUGACAUCCCGGCCUGCUCAGCCCUAGACAUUGCUGACCCAGAAGAAAGCCCCAUGGAGCCCAUAGCCAAGCUUCCAGGGUUUGACUCCUGUGGGAGGACUGAGACAACAGAGAGAAAGAUCAAGAGGAUUUAUGGAGGCUUUAAGAGCACAGCGGGCAAGCACCCAUGGCAGGCGUCCCUGCAGACCUCGCUGCCACUGACCUUCUCCAUGCCCCAGGGCCAUUUCUGUGGGGGGGCGCUGAUACACCCCUGCUGGGUACUCACUGCUGCCCACUGCACUGGCAUGAAAGCCAAACAUCUGAAAGUGGUGCUAGGGGACCAAGACCUGCUAAAGACAGAAUUGCAUGAGCAGAGCUUUGGAGUGGAGAAGAUCUUUAAGUACAGCCACUAUUAUGAAAGAGACGAUAUUCCCCACAAUGAUAUUGCUUUGCUCAAGUUAAAGCCAGUGGAUGGUCACUGUGCUCUGGAAUCCAAGUAUGUGAAGACAGUGUGCAUACCUGAUAGUCCCUUUCCCUCUGGGACUGAGUGCCACAUCUCUGGCUGGGGUGUUACAGAAACAGGGGAAGGGUCCCGCCAGCUCCUGGAUGCCAAAGUUAAGCUAAUCGGUAACACUCUGUGCAAUUCCCACCGAAUCUAUGACCGCAUGAUUGAUGACAGCAUGAUCUGUGCAGGAAACCUUCAGAAACCUGGGCCAGACACCUGCCAGGGAGACUCAGGAGGCCCUCUGACCUGUGAGAAGGAUGGUACCUACUACAUCUACGGGAUAGUGAGCUGGGGUGUGGAAUGUGGAAAGAAGCCAGGGGUCUACACCCAAGUGCCCAAGUUCCUGAAUUGGAUCAAAGUCACCAUCCAAAGAGAGGCUGGCUUCUAAGGUGGUGUCGUCUGAACUUCAGAGCCUAUUCUCCGUAGCACCCAGACAAGGCAAGGCCACAU